CAUUAGAUGCCCAAGUGAUUCCCUUGGAUUGGAUUGCAGGCCGAGCAGGGCAUUUAUAUAAGCCCAGCCACUUGCAGCCCUCAAUGCCCAUCCAUUGCUUAGUUAGUGACUUCCUUUCCUCCUAGUCCUAAAAAGAGAAACAAAUUGGAACUUGAAAUAUAGCUGAGGGGAGAGAAGCCCUGCAAAAUCUUAGCCAAUGGCUGGGAACCAUCUCGGAGUGCUUAAUGCACUCGAUGGGGCGAAGACGCAAUGGUACCAUUUCACUGCGAUCGUGAUUGCGGGGAUGGGUUUCUUUACGGACGCAUAUGAUCUCUUUAGCAUAUCACUUGUCACCAAGUUGCUCGGUCGCAUCUACUAUUUCAAUGGUGGGAUCAAGCCCGGGACCCUGCCUCCCAGAGUUGCAACAUCCGUCACAGGCGUUGCCCUCUGUGGCACUUUGGCUGGCCAGCUCUUCUUCGGGUGGCUCGGGGACAAGAUGGGCAGGAAACGGGUCUAUGGUAUCACCCUUGUACUCAUGGUCGUGUGCUCCCUCGCAUCGGGUCUGUCCUUUGGGAGCUCGCCCAAGGGCGUGAUGGCAACCCUGUGCUUCUUCCGCUUCUGGCUUGGAUUCGGCAUCGGUGGAGACUAUCCCCUCUCUGCCACAAUCAUGUCCGAGUAUGCCAACAAGAAAACCCGAGGGGCGUUUAUCGCAGCAGUCUUUGCGAUGCAGGGUUUUGGGAUUCUUGCCGGAGGAAUCGUCGCCUUGAUCGUCUCUGCCGCAUUCGACCAUGCAUUUAAGGCUCCUUCGUAUGCAGUGGAUAAGCUCCACUCGACUGCCUCUCAAGCCGAUUAUGUCUGGCGGAUUAUUUUGAUGUUCGGUGCCAUACCCGCGGCCAUGACCUACUACUGGCGGAUGAAGAUGCCCGAGACUGCUCGGUACACUGCACUGGUGGCGAAGAAUGCCAAAAAAGCGGCAGCAGACAUGUCGAAAGUGCUGCACGUCGAAAUCCAGGCUGAGGAAGAGAAGGUCGAGAGGCUCACUCAAGAGCAGUCCAACAAUUUCGGCCUAUUCAGCAAGGAAUUCGCACGCCGCCAUGGACUCCACUUAGUUGGGACCACUACCACCUGGUUCUUGCUUGACAUCGCCUACUACAGCUCCAAUCUCUUCCAGAAGGACAUCUUCACAGCCAUCAAGUGGCUCCCAGCACCAGAAAAAAUGAAUGCGAUCCAUGAGGUUUAUCGAAUUGCCAGGGCGCAGACCUUGAUCGCCCUUUGCGGGACCGUCCCUGGGUACUGGGUCACAGUUCUAUUAAUCGACCGCAUCGGGAGGUUCGUAAUCCAACUCCAGGGCUUCUUCUUUAUGACUGUGUUCAUGUUCGCACUUGCGAUACCCUACAAUCACUGGAAGAAGGAAAAUCGUAUCGGCUUCGUCAUCAUGUACUCCCUGACGUUCUUCUUCUCAAACUUUGGGCCCAACGCCACCACGUUCGUUGUGCCAGCAGAGAUCUUCCCUGCAAGGCUCCGGUCAACCUGCCAUGGUAUAUCGGCUGCUGCCGGAAAGGCCGGCGCCAUCGUUGGGGCAUUCGGAUUUCUCUAUGCUUCCCAGAGUAAGGAUAAGGAUCCCUCAAAAAGAGAUCCUGGUUACCCACCUGGCAUUGGAGUCAAGAAUACACUCAUCGUGCUUGGGGUUAUCAACUUGUUCGGGUUUCUAUUUACCUUUUUGGUUCCCGAAUCGAAGGGCAAGUCACUCGAGGAGCUGACCGGAGAGAAUGAAGAGGAAGCCGGUGCUACAGAAAUGCAGGCCACUUCUGGGAAAACAGCUCCGGUUUAAUUAUUUCGCUGUUGUGGCUAAUCCGGUUUUAUAUAUAGAAAUUUGAAGAUUAAGUUAAAUAAGUUGUUUAAGCACAUUUUCUGUACUUGUGCUUCCUCUUAUAUAGGAGAAAGUUUUAUUUGUAAACUGUGUACAUGAAUGAAUGUUAGCAUAUUACAUCAUGUUAUCGAAAAAUAUUGUCAUUGUGAGAUAUUUUCUGAUUGAA